AUGCCAGAUUGGGAACUUAUGCUAUGUAUUGCUGCUAAUCGUAUUAACAAUUCUACCCCAAAGGAUGGUGCUCCGUCUCCUUUCGAGUUGGUCUAUGGGUACUCGUCUAAGCUACCGAUUGCUCGCCUCUUGACCGCUGAUGAUAAUGCAGCCGAAGAGUGGGAACGAUUGCGUCCGAAAUUCCUUCCCUCGGAUCCGCUGCACAACGCUCAGGUGAUAGCUGAUUGCCGUCGCCGUAUCAAGAGACGUGAUCAUAUGCUUGGAAUUUUCCGAGAAUUCUGGUUGGAUAGGAGACAACACGCUGCAGUGGAGAGCAGCAAGAAGAGCACUGGUACUCAGCCAUUGGAGGCUGGAGAUAUUGUUCUUAUUACCAAAGACCGGAACCCCAAGUUGGGUCAAUAUGUUCGAGAUGAGAAGUAUAAAAUUAUUGGUGCUAAAGGUAAACAAUGUUAUUCUGUCAAGCCGGUCGAUGGUGGGGCGCCGAUGAUCGUUCACGCAAGAAAUCUGCGCCGAUUCUUUACUUAUGAUGAGGAUGAUCCCCAUGUGGAGGAAGAUCACCCUACCGGAGCCUCAGGUUUCAGCGAUGAAGAGCCAUUAGCUCACGAUGAGGGGAACCCUGACUCCAAGGUUCUUGAUAAUACACCCCAUGAAGGGGGAGAAGAUCAUAUGUCUUAUCCUUUACUUAUUGACGGGACCACAGAAUCCCAGAAUGGUACUGCUACUACAACUCCGAGAAGAUCUAAGAGGGAUCAUGAGCGGCAUUUUUUAGAGGCUAUCCAGGGGAGUACCUCACGUUAUGGCCGCUCACGAAGGGGGAGAAAGCUGUAA